AUGUCUUUGCUUGAUUUGUCUUUGAAGACUACUUUCAUGAUUCUCUUUUCAGGUUUAAUCGGUGGGAAAAAGGAGCGAGCUUCGCCAGUGAACGCCUCAUCCACUGCCAGUGUCACCCAUUCUGAGAGGAACUCGCUUUCCGGUCCCUCGUUUCACCAGAACAACAGCAGCGAUCACUCGGGGACUCCUGUGCAAAUACAGCCACUCGCCAACAACUCGUCAUCACUGUCGAGUUGUGCCACAAUUCCCACAAGCCUGCCACCUCCAAUGAUCGACUUACACGUGCCGCUCUCAACCACGAUGAACAACACUGACAUAAACACGCCAACGAACAACGAUAAUGGAGAGAAUUUGAACAAUGAAGACAACUCACAAGCCGGUGCCUCGAAUUCGGAAAAUAAUGGAGAAGUUGUUGAAGAAAGACAAGAGAAAAGCCCACAGGAAACGGCGAGACUCAAGAGGAGCUACGUGUUAAUGGAGUUGGUUGAGACGGAGAAAGACUACGUGAAAGAUCUCGCGAGCGUCGUCGAGGGAUACGUGGCAAAUUGUGAAGCCAAUUUGCCCGAGGAUUUACUCGGAAAGGACAAGAUUAUCUUCGCCAAUAUUGCGCAAAUUCAGGAAUUUCACGCGAAUUCGUUCUUGAAAGAGAUUGAGAAAAGCCUUCACGACUACAACGCGGCCGGAAGAGCUUUCGUCAAAUAUGAAAGACGCUUGGAGAAUCUCUAUGUGAAAUACUGCCAAAACAAGCCGAAAUCCGACUAUCUGGUGGCCGAGGAGCGAUUUGAACAAUUUUUUGCUGAAACAAAGCUGAAACUCGGUCACAAAGUGGCGCUAUGCGAUCUUCUCAUCAAACCAGUGCAAAGAAUCAUGAAAUAUCAAUUGCUCUUGAAAGACAUUCUAAAGUUCACCGAACGAGCCAAUGACGACACAACGCAUCUCAAUAAAGCUCUGCGGGUGAUGCACGUUGUGCCGAAAGCUUGUGACGAUAUGAUGCAAGUUGGACGUUUGCAGAAUUUCGAUGGAAAUCUCAGCGCUCAGGGGAAAUUGUUGUAUCAGGGCACCUUGUCGAUCAGUGAAUCAGUCGGGGGAAAAGUCGAUAAACCAAAAGAUCGCCGAAUUUUCCUUUUCGAACAAUCCGCAAUCAUCGCCGAUCACAUUCCGCCAAAGAAAGAGUUCGGCAAUCCCACGUAUAUCUUCAGAAGUCAAAUUAUGGUGAACAAGAUGAUGUUGGAAACGAAUGUGGCCGAUGAUCCGCUCAAAUUUGUCAUCAAAAUGGACGAGAAAAAAGCUGGCGCAUCGGCUCCGGCUGACGCUGGUCCACAACCGGCAUUCAUCGCCCUAUCACAGACUCCCGAGGAGAAAGAUCAAUGGAUCGCAGCGCUUUCGGCUCAACUGGAUCAACAGAAAGUUCUGUUAGCUGCUCUAGUCGACCCGAAGCGAUAUCAAUCGCAGUUGGCCGGUGGAAUGGAUAAUUUAGGGCUUGAUGACAAGAAGCCAGGCAGUGGCUCGGCGACAGCGCCAGUGAUGUCAUCGUCGCAGAACGCUUUCGGAAAGCUUGGCACAUCAGCUCCAAAGGGUGCCCCCGGGAAAGUUGACUCGCCGAGACACGGCUCAGCCUCAGGCGCCUCAUCAAAGGAUCAAGGAAAGACGAAAAGUGGAGGAUUGUUCAGUUUCGGGAAAAAAGCGCAAGCGAAAUCACCCACCAGUCCACCACCAACAAAUAAGCGG